AUGAAUUUUUUGAAUUUUGGACUUAAUUUUGCAAUUCAAGGAAACAAUAAUUUAGAUCCAAUUAUCGCAGAAAUCGAAACAACCAUUUCAAAUUUUUGUCCUGACAUCCGAAAUGCAAUCCGUGUUGAUGUUGAAAAAACCAUUGAAACUUUUAUAUCAUCUCAAAAACAAUAUGGUACAUUAGCAAAACAGCAAAACCGUAUUUUAACAUCUCUGCGAAAAAAGAUUGCUGAAGACAACAUCAUCAUUUUAAAAGCAGAUAAAGGUAAUAAAGUUGUAGUAUUAGAUAAAUCUGACUAUAAAGCGAAGGUUUCCAACAUUCUUAAUAAUGGGAGUUAUGUUCUUGUCAACAAACCACAAAUAAAACUUAACAGCUGGCAAGCGAAAACAAAAUUGACUCUUAAAUCGUGCAAUAACAUCACGACAGAAUAUCUAAGAAAAAAGUUAAUACCUUCAAACUAUAGUAUUCCAAAACUUUAUGCAUUACCUAAGAUCCACAAAGUGGGAGAUUUAAAAAUGAGACCAAUUUGUAGUGGAGUUGGAUCACCAGUACAUGACUUGGCGAAAUGGUUAUGUAAAGAGUUUUCAAAAUUUCAACAACCAUCUGGAUAUUAUGUUAAAAACUCAUUACAAUUUAUCGAAACUGCAAGAAAUGUAAAUAUUCCAAAUGACUUCAUUCAAGCUUCAAUAGAUAUAGACAACAUGUAUAACAGUAUUCCAAUAUCAAAAGCUGAAGAAUCAAUUGAGAAUUGGCUAAGAAAUAUAAAUACGCUAGAUGAUUUAAGGGUAAGUGAAUACAUGCGUCUUGUUAAUUUAUGCUUUUCAAAAAAUUAUGUCCAAUUUGAUGAUAAAGUCUAUCAACAAACUGAAGGUCUGGCUAUGGGCAACCCUUUAUCUGCUUUUGCAGCAAAUUGUUUUAUGGCUGAAUUCGAAACAAAAGCUAAAGAAAACUACCCUGACUUUCCAUUAUUAUGGGUCAGAUAUGUUGACGAUACCUAUAUUAUCAUCCAUAAAGAUAAACUUGCAAAUUUUCUCGAUUUUUUAAAUAAUGUCAUGCAAGGAGUAAUAAGAUUUACUUUUGAAAGUGAAAUUGAUUUUCAGUUACCAUUUUUAGAUGUCAUGGUUAAAAGAGUCGAUAAUCAGAUAGAGUUUGAUAUAUACCGAAAACCAACAAACACUGACAGAUGUAUUCCAUCCAACUCAAAUCAUCCAAAACAAACUAAAUUUGCAGCUUUGAAUUCCUAUUGUUACCGUGCUAUUAAUGUUCCUCUUAGCAAAAACAAUUAUAAUAAAGAGGUUGAAAAUAUUCAAAGAAUAGCAAAAAUAAACGGUUAUACUAAUAGAAUAGUCAAUAGUUUAUUAAAAAAACAUCGAGAGAAAAAAGAUUUGAAGAAUUUAACCUCUUUAGUUCCUAUUAAAGAAAAUGUAUUAGCAUAUAUGGGUGGUACAUUCAUUGAAGGGUUGACUUACUCUUUAAAAAGAGUACUAAAUAAUUUUUCAAUAAAACUAUCACCAAAUAGCAAUGGUAAUAAAGUCAAAAAUCUAAUUGGGACCAUAAAAGACAAAACAGAUAUUCUUGAGAAAUCUGGAAUUUAUUCAGUGAUUUGUCAAGACUGUGAUGAAAUAUAUAUAGGCCAAACAAGAAGAAAAACUAAAAUUAGAUGGUCAGAACACUAUAAAGCGAUACACUCAAAAACAUUACACGAAUCAACACCAGCAGAUCAUAUGAUUGAUAAAAAUCAUAAAAUAGCAGGUUUUCGUUUGUUAAAAGAAAUUAACAACCCAAAUUUAUUAAAUGCUUAUGAAGAAAUGUUCAUAAAUCGUACAAAAAACAUGAAUAAAAACAAAACUUUUGAACGAUCUUCUUUGCAUAAAUUCUUAAAACCAUUAUCAUCUAAGGACAUUUUUGAGAAAAAAUUUUAA